AAUGCUAGAAAAAAAGAUAAGGGACACGAAGGGCCAAUGGCUUUUAGAGCACGUUUGCAAUGAAUUAAAUUUAGUUGAAAAAGCCUACUUUGGUUUGAGAUAUGUGGACAACAACAAGCAGCGGCACUGGCUAGACCCGUUAAAACCAGUAUAUAGACAAUUAAAAAAUGUUACUCCCCAAGUGCUCUGCUUUAGGGUAAAAUUUUACCCGGCCGAACCUUUAAAAUUGAAGGAAGAAAUUACAAGAUAUUAUCUUUUCCUGCAAUUAAGACGUGACUUGCAUCAUGGACGUCUGCUGUGUUCCUCUCAGGAUGCUAAUUUACUCGCAGCUUAUAUCGUUCAAUCUGAAUUGGGUGACUACGAACCGCAAGAUCAUCCACCUGGAUAUGUCAGCCAAUUAAAAAUGUUGCCUAAACAAAAUGAACAACAAGAAGAAAGAAUAGCUGAACUACAUAAAACUUUAGCAGGGCAAGUGCCAUCUGUAGCGGAAGAUAAUUUCCUUCAAAAAGCGUCCACAUUAGAUACUUAUGGAAUAGAUCCUCAUCCAGUAAAGGAUCAAAAAGGAACUCAAAUGUAUAUUGGAGUUACUCACCGUGGUAUAAUUACAUUCCAAGGAAAUAAAAGAAUUCAUCUAUUUAAAUGGCAGCAGAUAACGAAAGUUGUAUUUGAAGGCCGAAUGUUUAUCAUACAUAUCGCAGUUUCAGAGGGUGAUGAAUUUACGAGGGAUUUCAAAAGAGUGAGUAAAAAAAAGACAAUUUACCAAAAAUUCAAACAAACCAAAGCAAAACAAAUUACUAAAAUUGAUAUAUAUAAAAAACAAGCUUGCGGAUUCAAAUGUCCUACAUUAGCCGCCUGCAAACACCUAUGGAAAUGCGCAAUGGAGCAAAAAUAUUUCUUUACGUUAAUUUCCUCUACGGAAGCUCCUAAAGUUAUUUCGAGUGGCGGCUUCUUCAGUCGAGGCUCCAAGUUUCGAUAUAGCGGUCGUUGUCAGAAAGAAGUUUUCGAAGAUAGUGAAAAAAUUAAUCGCGAACCUCCAGAAUUUGAAAGAUCAAGCUCCAAUCCUCAAUUCGUUAGGAGCAUAAACCAUCAAAGAUCUUCUACUAUGCCGGCCCGCCUUAAUGAGAGUUUUGGUGGCGUCACAAACGACCAAAUUAAAGCUUUGGACACACAAGUCAAAACCUUCUUCCAAAGAAAUGACAUCCAAUAUCAGGAAAAAUCAACACCUGUUGAGCUUGUUCAAGCAGAAAUUGUUGAUAAUGAUGAGGAACCAGUUGAGGAAGAAGAAAUUUUAGAUAUCGCUGAAUCAACAACUCAGACCGAUAAAUUUCUUUUCGAAACACCGAAAAUAGUCAUAGAAGAUGAGAAAGUUGUAUACGAAAGACCGGACGUUACAAUGAAUACUUUUUCGGAUUCUGGUAGCGAAGACAACAUAGUUCAUAGUACGGCAAAUGAUGAACUAGCCCACGGAUCACCUGUUCGAGUUGCUGUUGACGAAAAAGAAAUUGAACGAGAAAUGGAAUUAGCAAAAAUGUCCUCAGAAGCUCCUGAAGUUGAAGAGGAAGAAUUCGAAAAGUUUGAAGAAGAAUCACCGCAAGUCGAGAUUGUUGGAGAAUUCAAAGCAGAAGACUAUUCAAAGAGUGGUAAUUCCAUUACACCUCAGCCACCUGUUACGACUGAAAGGAAAACGAGUCUGGCAAAGACAUGCUGUUUGGCAAGUGCUAUGGCAUUUGUAACAGCAAUUAUAAUUGUUCUCAUUUUGAUUUUCAUGGUUCUCGAACCGGGUGUACCCGAUUGGCCCGGUAUUAAGCAGGUUCGAACUUGGCCGGAAGUAAAGAAAUUUCAGUCAAGCAGCUACGAGCCUGUUCGAUUGCAAGUAGUCGAAGCUGUAGAAAGUCUUAUGCAUAAGCUCAGAAAGUCCUAA